AUGGAUCCCCAUGAAAUCCAGUACCAAUGUGGUGGCAUACCGCUUUCGACAAGAUCACGAAUGAUUUUGAUGUACAAGUUCAUGUUCUUGAUUGAUGCCCUGUCUAUGAUAACUUUUGCAUUUUGUUAUUACUACAACGAAAGGACUCUGAAAAAAGGGCGCUAUGAGCUAUCCUUGAGAUACCAGGUAUACGAGAAUUUGAGGGCCAUACGGAUUUUCCUUCCAGUUGUCACUCUACAUUUUAUCAUAUUCUGCCUUUUCUUUCUAGGUUCAAUAAUUAUUCGCGAACUCAGGGCGAGUCUGUCACCAAAAGCAUACGGUAUCGGAGUUCUCGCCUUAUACAUCUUCCCAUACUACAUUCUCGCUAUGUGCACUUUACUUUUCGUGAUCCUUCGAAGAGAGUCAGCACGAACGACGACAUUUCAAGCUGCAAUCGCAGAGGGUCAGAGUGGGAAGCAACAGCAAUCGGAAGCGUAUUUCCGUUCUCUGCAGCACCAAUGGGGCAGCUAA